UGUCGCAUAUACGUAGAGAUCAAGGGCCUGGAAAAUAACUCGGCUGAAAUGUAGCCGAACCAUAGAUAUUUCCUCAGAAAAAAACCGUUUUUAACUGCAGUAUCGGUAUAGAUGUCCAAUUUCGAAUUUAGUGCAAACAAAUUGUGACGAAUCGAACGCUGGGAAAACAUGAUAUCAACUUCGCAAACGAACUUUAAAUAUUCAUUUAAGUUUAAUCACUACGAGAUCUAAACGUCGUUGUUAAGAGGAGGAUUUUUGAGAAAGUCAUUGCCAUAUUAAGGUUGAGCCCUUUGAUACUAAUUUUAGACACAGGUUUGUGAUGUGCUAGAAAAGUCAAGAUUGAAGUGUCAUGCUUUCGCAUGAGAUCGUAAUUAACUGCCAUUUCGCUCGAUAACUCUGAAAGACGCAAUUUCCUCAUGGUAAGGUAAUUGUCGCUGUUUUUCAAUUGAUCCACCCAUCUUAACGAGGCUCCUGUAUUGGCCUCGUUUUUUAACGCACAGGAAGAUAUAGCAUGUGUGAAGUCUGUAAGCUUCAAAAACCAGGCCGGAUGUAAUGGUCACAGCCAACUGGUAAGCCGUUAACGUCAGCUGCCCACUGUUGCGAGCGGCUUGGGCCUUAACCACAAAGCCUAGCUCGGUCUCACUCGAGUCUGGUAAAUUUUUUGCGUUCUGUGAACUCUGGGACAUGCGUGUGAUCUAAAGAGCCUGUUAAUGUGGAAAGGAACUUGUUGGCGGCUAAAUGAAAAGACGUGAUCUAAUUUCCAACUUAUUUCUUGCACAGGACGCGCUAGUAUGACCUAACAAUCGAUGAGCGUCACGUUCUGUUCAAUCCACACUUUAAUUUUGUUUCCUAAGGCAUGAUGUGAAAACAAAGAAAGAAUCCUCACAUUGUUCAGAGCGCAUUCGCAUGCAACGAAUAACAAGCCAUGAUGCAUUAUUUGCCAGUUUAUGGCAACCAUUUGUACUCAUUGCGUGCCUAUCUCUGAGUUUCAUCGACUUAAUUUAGUAAGACUCUUUCAAUUUGAACAAUUAAUUUUCUAAACGAUCCAAAAUCAAGCGUUUUACUUUCCUAUCCCUAAAAGCAGGUUAGUAGUCGCGAACUCUGCCAAGUGCGAAGGGUUUAAUCACGCUCAUGGCUCGUACGCAGCUUCCUUAAUGUUCACUGUCGUUUUUCGAAUUGAUAAAAAAGGAGAGUACUUUUUAAACCAAAAGUUACGCUCUUUUGCAUGAGUUUAUGCUAAAACCACAAGCAUUUGCAUCCUACUCUAGUACGAAAGGCUAAAAAGUUUGGCAUGUCGGGAUUUCCCGAAUUUUCCUUUGGGUCCCUACGGGACAGUACUCUAGGCUCGGUCACCAAGCAUUCUCACUUGUUGUGUCACCAAAAUAAGUAGAUAAGCGCAUCUACAAAGAUUGAAGACCGAAUCUGAACUCUUAAUACUUUUGAGGAAAAGUCACAAUUUGCCAUGUUGAGUAGGCUGUUGGUUAAGCCUCGUCUGGUCUCAUUACCAUGUCGAAUUUUGUUGACAAAAGGCUUGAAAACAUCGUCGACGGAUGAAACCACUGCUGCUGCCACAAGGGUAGCUAGUAUAGAAAACGAAGGUGCAGAGUUGAGACCUCUUUACCUUGAUGCACAAGCAACCACCCCUCUGGAUCCCCGUGUGUUAGAUGCUAUGAUGCCAUACUCUGUAUCUUAUUAUGGAAACCCACACUCACGUACACAUGCCUAUGGCUGGGAGAGUGAGCAGGCUGUGGAACAUGCAAGAAAGCAAGUAGCAGAACUGAUUGGUGCAGAUCCAAAAGAAAUUGUAUUUACUAGUGGGGCUACAGAAUCAAACAACAUAUCUGUUAAGGGAGUUGGACGCUUUUACAAAAAGAAUAAGAAACAUAUCAUAACAACUCAAACAGAGCACAAAUGUGUUUUGGAUUCCUGCCGCUCACUUGAAAGUGAAGGGUUUGAAGUAACAUAUCUGCCAGUAAUGAAAAAUGGACUUAUUGACAUGGAGCAACUGGAGGCUGCCAUCAGACCUGACACAUCUCUUGUAUCCAUAAUGACAGUCAAUAAUGAAAUUGGUGUCACACAACCCAUGGGAGAAAUUGGAUCCCUCUGUCGCAAGAAUAAAGUCUUCUUUCACACAGAUGCAGCACAAGCAGUUGGGAAGAUUCCACUUGAUGUGAAUGACCUGAAGAUUGACUUGAUGUCAAUCAGUGGCCACAAGAUUUAUGGACCAAAAGGUGUUGGUGCCUUGUACAUCAGAAGAAGACCUCGAGUCAGGGUAGAGCCUAUUCAGAGUGGAGGAGGGCAGGAGAGGGGCAUGCGCAGUGGUACAGUCCCUCACGUGUUGGCAGUAGGAUUAGGUGCAGCCUGUGAAGUGGCUCUAGAGGAAUUGGAGUAUGACCACAAGAGGGUGACGGAACUGUCGAAUCGCUUGGUGAAUGGCAUCACAGAUGGGUUAACCCACGUCAUCAGAAACGGUGACCCGGAUCAUUCGUAUCCUGGAUGUGUGAACCUGUCUUUUGCAUUUGUGGAGGGGGAAAGUCUGCUGAUGGCUCUCAAAGACGUGGCUCUUUCGUCAGGCAGCGCAUGUACGUCUGCCUCGUUGGAACCGUCCUAUGUCCUCCGAGCGAUAGGCGCCGAUGAAGAGCUGGCUCACUCCUCCAUCAGGUUUGGAAUAGGUCGUUUUACUACAGAAGAAGAAAUAGAUUACACUGUGGAGAAGACAGUUAAACAUGUCAAACGCCUUCGCGAAAUGAGCCCGUUGUGGGAAAUGGUGCAAGAAGGAGUCGAUCUGAAGACCAUCCAGUGGUCACAGCACUGAUCGGUCAAAUCUUCAAGUGUCGAUCUCAACAUGGAAAAUUUCCUCCUGGGUCUCAAUGUUUUUUGGGAAACUAGGCUGUGCAAUACUACUGUUUUCUUUAUGAUCACGAUUGUGGCGGAAAGAAUGGCUGCAUAUGAAUCUUCGAUUUAAAAAAAAACCUUCGUUUGUUUUAGAUGUUGGAAAUGUAAAUAUCAUGGACAAAAAGGUCAAUACCAACCAACAAGUCUGCUUGAAAAUGAUUAGGACAUUGUUGACAGGGCUUAAAUAAAAAAGUUAGAGAAAAAGCUGCUUGUAGCACAGAUUUAGUUGUUAUAAAUUCCUUUUAGAUAUGUCAAGAGAAUGAGUUGCCACUGAAGGCAACACUUUCGAUUUUAUUCCGUCCUAUCUUACCACCUCUUGGCUAAAUAAGGAAUUGAUAUUGACAAGAGAGUUUUAAAAGAGAGAUGUA